GGUGAUGCCAGCUUGAUCCAGAGCCAUGUCCAGGUACCUGAAGCACUUCACGGUGGUGGGCGACGACCCCGUGCAGUGGAGCAACGACUAUCAGAAAUGGGAGGAGGAGGAGGACGAGGCUGGGGAGAAUGGGGAGAAGCAGCCGGAUUCAGAGAUCAAGCUGGAGCCCACCAGGAGCCGUGUCUCCUUCCAGAGCAUGAUGAAAAAGCUCUUCAGCUCCCGCAGGUUUCAGAUCGUGGUUGUCUGCUUGGUCAUCCUGGAUGCCUUGUUGGUCCUUGGGGAAUUGCUUAUGGACUUGAAAAUCAUCCAUCCUGACAAAUAUAAUAUAACCCCAAAGGUUUUCCACUACCUCUCCCUUUCCAUUUUAACCAUCUUCCUGGUUGAGGUGGGGUUUAAAGUCUUCGUCUACCGCUGGGAGUUCUUCCACCACAAGUUCGAAGUGCUGGACGGGAUCGUCGUCAUUGUGUCAUUUGUCCUCGAUGUCGUCCUCAUCUUCCGGGAGCAUGAGUUUGAAGCUGUCGGGCUCCUGAUACUCCUGCGGCUGUGGCGCGUGGCCAGGAUUAUCAACGGAAUAAUUUUAUCGGUAAAGACCCGCUCUGAACAAGUAGUGUCCAAGCUAAAGCAAGCAAACCUGAAACUGGCAACAAAGGUUGAACAACUGGAACACAGCUGUGUAGAGAAGGAGCAAGAAAUUGAGAGGCUUAACAAGAUAUUAAAACAGCAUGGACUCAUCAGCGAGCAAAAAUAGGAGGCCAGUUUUCCGAGGUGGGGAAGUCUGCCCUGGAGAGCGCAGUGUGGAAAUCUAUCUGUUUGACCUGAAAGGUUUUCCUGUCCCUUUGCUUUCUCUUGUAUAGUGUUGUCUAUAAACAUUUUCUAUUUGACCACAUUUUGAUUAGAUCUUGGGAUUGCAAAAAUAAUUCUGCUGGAAAAUUAAUCACGCGUACUCCCUGUAAACAGUGAUUUCAUAAGACCUUUCUUGUACAGUUGUACAGUCAAAAUUGCAAAAUAAUUUAAUAAAGACACGUCUUUACAAGCUAUA